AUGGAGGCACAGCGUAUAUUCCCACCUCCCCGCCCUCUUUGUGCUUCACAAUUUGCGCUUGCUAACUAUGCAUGUGCAUUGCUGCCCUUCACUCCAACGCCCCCUCUGACACCGCCCUCCCCUCCCCCCUCUUCUCCCCCCGAUGAUGACGGAGGUCAGGAACAGGAACACGAACAUGAGCACGGGCAUGGACAUGGGCAUGGACACGGGCACGGGCAUAGACAUGGUCAUAAUAGGCACAGGCAUGGGGGGCACCAUGAACCCGAACCCUCACCUGCAGAAGAUAACUGUUGUAGAUGGUUGACCCAGCUGGAUAAUGAGUGUGUGUGUGAAUUGCUGGUGCACCUGCCUACAUUCCUCCUUAAGCCUACCCAUGCCUACACUGUAACUGUUGGGGAAUCCUGUCGUGUUACCUACACAUGCGGAACUCCGAUCAGGAUAAAGGUCUGAAUAAACAUCUUACUACCUUGUGAAGCCCGGCGGUACUCAUCAGAGUACGGAGAAUUUUAUUUAUAUAUGCUGCAUGCUAUGUUUAGUGUUAUGACAUUUAAUGGUACGUAUGAGUGUAAUGCUGAAUCUUGUCAUAGUGUGGUGUUCGUUUAGCAGCUUAUAUUUCUAAUAAUUUUGAGCUUUCAACAUAGAUUUGAAGUUGUUG